AUGAUCGAGGAUGCCGAUGGUAAUAGCCUUGGAAUGUUGAUCGACUGGGAAUUCACUGUAACUAUCACACCAGAGAAUACAUACACUAUCGGUGGAACAGGCACAAUUCUGUUCAUGUCAUGGCGGCUCCUGCAGCAAGUGAAAAAGAUCUUGGUCUCCGACACUGCAAAAAAAGGGGCGUCGUCAUCGUCACCUUUGGCAAUUGAAUUUAUCUGCAUCAAGUACAGCGGCCCUCUUGGCGUAGAAUGCCAUUUGAACCCUUCAAAAGCAUGGCUUCCACAUGCGUGGAGCAACUGGAAUAUUGGGGGAUGCUUUGAGAACAAGGUCGCGUUUUACACAGUGGGCGAGGGUGACGCUGCACUCCAAGCGCAGUUUGACGGCUACUUCAAGGAUCUUAUUCCACUUGCACUGGAGUGGAUGGACCUCCUGAGGCUCAAUUUUCCAGUUCAGAUCGGCAGUGUCGAUGGCCAGGUUCUCCACCGACCCAUUGAAUUUGAUGCACUGCUCAAGAUCCUGGACAAACAUAUCACUGAACUUCUUAAGGGCAAGCCUGAGCUGGCCCCUGAACGGUUGCUCCGCAAGAGGUUGGUAGAUAAGCAUAAGCAGGAUGUGCAUGCAUCAGGAGAGAUCAUGAAGCCCCAAAAGGACAAAGGCAAAUGCAAAGUUGUGGAAUCUGGUAUCCCAGCGCUCACUGGGCAAGGAAAGAAGGUGUGGACAGCAGAUGAAGUUGGUUUGGUGUCACUGCAGCUAUCUUCCGAUGUCAAUGCUCUCCCCAUUUGUCGUUCCGGUCGUCCUGGUGCAGGUACAGGAGGAAGGAAUGCUCAACUAGAGAAAGUUGGCGCAGCUCUGGUGGCCCCAACGUGGACAAGCCAACCUAAGGGCUCCACAACCCUUGGCCGUGGCAGCCAUCCACAGAAGCCUCCUCCACCGUAUAGCAUCUCAAAUGGUACGGGCACUACCGUCAUGAGUUCCUUACCCCCAGUACCACCUGUGAACAUCCCCACCCCUGGUCCGACCCCAUGUUUCCUCAUCCGCUCCAUUCCUCCUUCCCCAACAAUGCACAAAGUGCAUCUCAGCAGGAUUAGCCCUGCUACCUCCGCCCGACCCUGUUCCACUCUUCCGACACUACCCCUAUGCCCUUCAACCCCAUACCCCUUCCAUCCGACCCUAUCUGGGGUUCCGCUCCUCCGCCCUAUCAGUCUGCCCGAUCCUACUCCUACUCCCUCUGCUUUUCCGACCCACGCAGGUCCUUCAGUUCCACUCGUAUUCCCCCACCCAACUAUUAGUUCGUCCGACCGCCUCACCGGUCCACUCCUAGACUAG